AUGGAGACGCGCGCAGCGCGCGCGCCGGCCCUCGCGUCGACGUCGCGCCGCGCGCGCGACCGCGCGAGAGACCGCGCGCGCGCGCCCGCGCGCGCCGCGCAUCGCCGCGUCGUCGCCGCAGCAGACGCCGCGUCCGUCGGAUCGGACGUCGUCGUCGCCGUCGUGACGACGUCGAGCUGCCCGCACUGCCGCCGCGUCAAGUCCGCGCUCGCGGACGCGUCCGUGCCGUUCGUGGAGAUCGACGCGUCCUCGGAGAACGGCAUCAUCCUCCGCGCGUCGACGUCGCUCAGCGGCAUGCGAACGGUGCCUCAGGUGUACGUCGGCGCGGUCUGCUUCGGCGGCGCGGACGACGUCGAGGAGGGUCUCCGAAGCGGCGCGUUCGCGGCGAAGGUGGCGAGCGCGAAGGACGAGGGCGCGGUUCUCCCGCCCGCGAUCGCGCGCGCGAUGAGGGAGAGCGCGGUCGCGGCGAAGGAGGAGAAGGCGGAGAAGGAGAAGGAGGAGGAGGAGGAGGAGGCGGAGGAGGCAUCGGACGACGACGCGGAGUACGCCGCGCUGGACGCGCUCGCGACGAGGAUGGCGGCCGCGCUGACCCCGCGCGACGUGUACGCGUUCGGAGGAUGGCGCGCGCCGCUGACGCUCCUGCAGUGCGUCCUCGACGGCGCGACGAUAACGCGAUGGCUCGCGACCACCGCGGACGAAAGUACGGCGGCGUCGACGCGCGGCGGCGCCGCCGCGGAGCUCGGCGGUAAGAUGAUGGAGUACGGUCUGCUGACCAGCGCGAGCGCGUCGGAGGCGUUCGAGGACGACGGCGGGAAGCUGUACAGGCUCGCGGACCACGCGUGCGAGCCGCGGGCGUACCCGAAGACGACGCCGGCGCCGUUGAACGCGAGGCGGCGGCGGCGGCGCGGCGGCGGCGGCGACGGGAAAAACGCAGGCGACGCCGCCGCCGUCGCGGCGUCGCUUCGGAAGAAAAUCCUCGCGCUGUACGACGCGCAUCUCUCCGAGGACGGCCGAUCCGUGGACUACGCGGCGAUGAGAACGUCGCGCGCGUUCCGGGAGUACGUCGACGCCACGGAGGAUCUGCGCUCGGUGGACCCGCGCUCCAUGCGUCGCGAGGAGAAGAUCGCCUUCUUCUUAAACGUCUACAACGCGCUCGUCGUGCACGUCACCGCCGUCGUCGGCGCGCCCGACGGCUUCUUCGAUCGCUUGACGUACUUUGGAAGGUAUAAAUACGAGAUCGGCGGGUGUUACUACUCCUGCGAUGACAUCGAGCACGGGAUACUGCGAGGGAACAGGCCGGGCGCGGCGAGUCUCGGCGCGAUCGUAGGAAAACCGGGGCUCUCCCGAGGCCCGUUCGACGCGACGAGCGACCCGCGCGCGCAGCACGUCGUGCUCCCCGUGGACCCGCGGAUACACUUCGCGCUCGUGUGUGGCGCGAAGAGCUGCCCGCCGAUACGCACGUACACGGGCGAGGGGUUGGACGCGCAGUUGGCCGCCGCCGCGGAGGCGUUUUGCGAGGGCGACGUCCAAGUCGUUUUGUCGGACGAUACAGUCGCGUCGGACGCUCGUUCCUCUUCUCCGGCGAACGAUCGCGUCGUCGUGCGCGUGUCCAAGAUAAUCGGCACGUGGUACAAGGACGACUUCGGCGACACCGACGAGGCGCGGCUGCGGACGAUUUCGACGUACUUGCGGCCGGACGGCGACGCGGCGAGACGCGUGCGCGACGCGUUGGACGGCGCGAAGCGGGUGACGUUGGAGAGCCCGGAGUACGACUGGAGUUUGAACGGAACGACAACGGUCGAAUGA